CCCCUCACCGGCCGAACCCAACCGCAAAGUUGGCACCGCGCUUCCGCACGCGAGCCGCGACCCAGCAACCGCCGGCGCCGCCUCCCGCCCUGCCUUCGCCUCCGGCCGCGCCUCCGGCGGCGACCCCGACCGCGUCACAUGACCAGGAACCACACCCCGAAGUCGCUCGCCGUCCUCCUCCGCGCCCGCAUGCACCCGGACGCAAUCCCCUCCCCGCGGCCGCAACUGUCCCCGACUCCUCCACUCACUGACCCCGACCCCGCCGCCCCACCCGCGGCUUCCGUCCGCCACUGGCUCCAUGCCGCCGCCUCCGCGGCCUCGCCACCCCCCUCGACGCUCGACAGCUUCUCCGAUGGGUACCGUUCCCUCGACCGUGUCGGGCGCCGCGAGGUCCUCCGCUCCCUCGCCACCGACUACGACGUGCCCCGCGCGCGCGUCCGGGACCUCAUGAGACAGUACAUGAGCGUCGCCUCCGCCGCGGCGGCAGGCGGGGAUGGCGCGGAGGCGGAGGAGGGGAAGGAGGGUGCUGCAGCGGCGUUGUACCGGAUGGAGCGGGGUCUCCGGGAGGCGCUCCGGCCCCGGUACGCCGGGUUCCUCGAGGCCAUGAACGCGCAGCCCGGAGGGCUCAAGCUCCUCGCCGUGCUCCGCGCCGACCUCCUGGCCUUGCUGGGGGAGGAGAACGCUCCAGCGCUGCGCGCCCUGGACUCGUACUUGAAGGAGAAACUGGUGACUUGGCUCAGCCCUGCGGCGCUGACGCUCCACCAGAUAACAUGGGAUGAUCCUGCCUCCUUGCUAGAGAAGAUUGUGGCAUAUGAAGCAGUGCAUCCAAUCAGGAACCUGAUAGACUUGAAGAGAAGAUUGGGUGUAGGCCGCCGCUGCUUUGGCUACUUCCAUCCAGCAAUACCAGGGGAGCCCCUGAUUUUCAUCGAAGUUGCUUUACACAAAGAUAUGGCUGCAUCUAUACAGGAGGUCUUGUGGGAUGAACCCCCGACUCCUGAAUCUGAAGCCACCUGUGCACUGUUUUAUUCAAUAUCAUCUACCCAGCCUGGCUUAUCAGGUAUUAAUCUGGGGAAGUUUCUUCUCAAGCGUGUGAUUGACAUGUUGAGAAGAGAUAUGCCUUCAGUACAGAUUUUUGCAACACUGAGCCCAAUCCCUGGUUUCAUGCAAUGGCUUCGUGCUAAACUGGCCUCCCAAAUAAAAUUAGCAGAGACGGAAUCGCAAGAGGGGAAUUCAUUAGAAGGAGCUAGCUCUACUUUCAGAGAGUCCAUCCUUCUUCCCGAUGAAGAGAAGAUGAUUCAUGAUGCCAUUGAACAAGCUCAUGGGAAACAAGGAAUUGAACUAUUGCAAGAUACACUGAAAACAACUCAGUGGGUAAAAUCUGAAAAAUUAUCUGCUGCACUGAAAUCUCCUCUAAUGCGUUUGUGUGCAAGGUAUCUUGCCAGAGAGAAAAUCCGAGGAAAAGCUCUAGAUGCUGUAGCAAAUUUUCACUUGCAAAAUGGAGCAAUGAUUGAGAGAAUAAACUGGAUGGCUGACCAAUCAGAGAAGGGCAUUCAACAAAGUGGAGGUAUCAUGGUCAAUUAUCUUUACAGAUUAGAGAAUAUAGAAGAGUAUGCACUGUCAUAUUCGGGCAAAGGGCUUGUCCAUUCUUCACCUAGCCUGUCCCAGUAUCUUGAGCCAAAGGAUACGUGAAACUGAAUAUUCUAGGCAUGAAUUCUGUUUCCAACAAGGCCGCGGUCCAGUAUUCGCACCGGUGUCUGCAGCUCUGCACGACCGCUACAUGGGAACAGCCUCAGCAAUCAGCAUCCGGGGGAGUAUAUCUAACAUAUGGUACGUGUAUAACCUGUUGAAAUUGUUUUUAGGUGCAAGUUGAAGAAACUCAAAAGCCUGCGCAUGUAUAUCGACCCCUGUUAGCUUGUACUGCGAAGUCCUUGCUGCACGGCUGAAAGCAGAGCCGUGCACACCAACACACAAGGGAUGAGCCAACAAGCAGAACUCAAAAAAUCUUAAUAGGCUUUGCUGAAGCUCAAAAGAGCUUAUAUGGUGUAGACGAAUAGGCGUUGAUAUCAGCGGCUAAAACAAAUUUGGUAAGCUCUCAGUUCCAAGCAUGCGAGUGGAGCUAGGCCAUUGCUACUGCUAUCGGCGGGGCGUCUACUCGUAGCACGUGCGAAUAACUGUAUCAUCGCGUAUAUCCGCUGGAGAUAAAAAUAUUCUAGAAUAAAAUAAAAUAUUUUAAA